GAGAGAGAGAGAGAGAGAGGAGAGAUAAUGUGGAGGAGUAGAGCAAUGCAAAGACCGUGUCGUGGAGUUACAUUGCCAUUACGCACUAUUACGCACUGACAGAUACUUUCAAGAGAAGAGCGUACGUCGCAGAGGAGCGGAUUGUUGGAUUCCUCACAUAUACAAGUAGAAUACAGAAGUUUUUUAUCAACAUUCAGACAAUCACCAGAAAAACAGAUUGAUCUACAGAGCAGAGCAGAGACCAGCUGCCAUUUAUCCGUACAGGAAUGGUGGAUCACUUGCCGCUUGGUGAGGAGACCUUCCUGUAUUAUACCGGCACCCCGGGGUCUGACUACAACAGCCUGUGUCACCACGGCAAUGGUGGCGCGUUGCCGGGCAUCAUGGUAACCGACGCGUGCAUCUACGAUCACCACCACCACCCUUACCAAGGGGUGACGCUCUCAUCCUCCCCUCACGUCUCUGAGGAUGACCUCAGCGACUCCUCCAGCCCUCGUUCCUCCAUCUGCUCCAGCCCAGAGUCCUCGUCACUGACGUUGCGGCACGUUCUCGGCUCCAGCUACGAAAGCAGGAGCAGCAGGAGCUGUGGAAGCUGUAGCUCCUCAGGGGGGGAGAGUCAAGACAGCCUGUUGGACCUCCUCCUCUCACAGGCCUCCCUCACCACCUCUUUAAGCUCUAGUACCAGCAGCAGCUCUCACUCUUCUUCUCCAUCCCUAUCCUCCGCACCCUCUUCUUCAUCCUCUGCCCCUCUUUUACCCAUGGGCCUGGCCUGGGAGUCCAAGAAGGAGCAACGGCUGACUCUCCUCCACCAGCAGGCCAAAGAGGGUUGUUACGAGUUACCUGUCUUCCUGGACGAGCUGCAGGACCCUACGGCGCUCUUCUUUCAGCCAACACUGGAGGAGAUUGAGGAAUUCCUGGAGGAGAACAUGGUGUUAGCAAUCGAGAAAGAAGAGGAGGUGAGCGAUGAGGCGAUGUCGUCAAUGUCAGAAGAUGCUGAAGCAAAAAGUUCAAGGAUAUUAGCAGGAGAACUCGUAUCAGUGUCACAGAACUCAGAUCAGACUGUGCCGGUGGCUCAUUCUCCACUGUCAUCCUACACAGAGACCAAACAUACACCAUGUGCAUCUGAUAUGGACAGCUCACCAUCAGUAGUGGAUGUUAGUUGUAUAGCUAGUUCUACCAGUAGUGUUGAUGGGAUCAAACAGGAGGAUUGUGGUUCACCGCUAACUUCAUCAGAAGGUACCAGUGCCUCCAGUGUGCCUGUCAUCCUACAAAUCCAGCCCAUACAAAUCAAACAAGAGCCUAACCCUACCGCCGUAUCAGAUGCGGUCACCCAGCAAACCCAGUCUCCAAAAACCCAAUCCCAGCCAAACCAGGCCCCAUCAGAUAUCAAAAUCGCCCAACUCCUGGUCAACAUCCAGGGGCAGACCUUUGCCUUGGUGCCUCAGCUGCUUUCCCCAACAAACAUUACCAGCUCAAGCAAAAACGGAACCACCUUUUCACCCAAAUUUGUACGGAUUGCGCCUGUGCCUAUUGCUGCAAAACCCAUUGGGCUUGGGGAAGGCGGGUUAUGUGGAGGCUCAACUGCAGGGGUCCUCGUUUCAGGUCAGAGGUACCAGAAGAGUGCAGUAGCAGACCUCAUUAAAAUGCACAAGUGCUCUUUUCCCGGCUGUAAUAAGAUGUACACCAAGAGCAGCCACCUUAAAGCCCAUCUGAGGAGGCACACAGGGGAGAAGCCCUUCGCCUGCACGUGGCCCGGCUGUGGCUGGAGGUUCUCCCGGUCUGAUGAGCUGUCCCGACACCGCCGCUCACACUCGGGAGUGAAACCAUACCAGUGCAUCGUCUGCGAAAAGAAGUUUGCCCGCAGCGAUCACCUGUCCAAACACCUCAAAGUCCACCGCUUUCCACGAAGCAGCAGGACAGGACGCUCUGCAAACUGACUCUUCUGACCCCACUCUGACGGACUGACGCUAACAGAGGUUGGGGGGGCUGUGCUCGUGUAUGUGUGUGUAUUUCUGGUGACGAAAGACAGAGGGGGGGGGGGGUGAAAGUCCAAACACCUUUUUAAAGGGGUCUGUGCAGGACUCUUGAGCUUGUGUGUGUUUAUGUUCAAAUGUGUACGCGUGACGUACAUUCAUGGUACUGUUAUAAUUUAUUGGGUGGCGAGGAAAAGACUGUAAAGACUAAACUAAAACAGAAAACUGUUACUUGACACAACACCCUCACAGGUGGAAUAAGCUUCUUGUAUAUAACAACUUUUUUUGUCUCACUCAAAUCUUUUAGCUGAUCUGAUUUGAAGAAAGAUUUGAUACUUUAUUUUUACACUUUGAGGUGUGUGUGUGUUAUUGCUGGAGUCAAAAGCCUUAUAUAUAUAUAUAUAUAUAUAUAUAUAUAUAUAAAUUUUAAAUGCAUCACUAAGGGGUCUGCUACUAUUUAAAACCCCAUUGUUUGUACCUUCCUGGAGCCAAAUGUUGUUUUAAAGUAACAGCAAAAAACUAAUUGCUUAAUGGCUUGAAUUUAAUUUGUUGCCCAACAACAAGGGCUUAAUGGACAUUGAGAACUAUUGGGCUCUUGAUAGACAGCAGAGUAAAUGCAUCAACAUUCCUGUAGCUUUGAAGAAGUGUCUCUGUUGCCUUUGAGUCUUGUUACAGGAAGUAACCUCAAACACAAGAACAAUGCUCAUGUUCAUGUUGCAUUACUGCUCACCAACCAAUCAUGUCACAAUAUAAUUUGCACUGGCACACAUGACAUUUCUGGUUGUCUGCCCACACUAAGUAUUUUGUGAAGUGAAAUUGUGAUCUGACUUGGCUCAUUGUUCUGUAACACCUUUUUGUCUCAUCUGGUCAAGAGACUGUUUAGCAGAACAUGUUCAUGGUCUUUCUGGAUCUAAACAAAUUGGGGUACAACUACAUCCAAUGAUUAUCUGUGAAAUAUUUCAACCCAAGGUUGUUCCGUCUUCAACUCAUGAUACUCCACAUCAUUUCUUUUCUGGUUUUGUGAUGCCAUAUCAUUUAAUACUUUAUGUCACUUUAUUUUUUUUCAUAUCAUUGCUGUCAAAACAUAGACAAGACAUUGAUGAGUGGCACAAGGAAAGGCUGGAGUCCAGGUGACUUGGUGGAACACAUUAACUCACACUGGUCUUAUCUAGCAUAUUAAAUAUAUUGCCUGCUCUUGCCAAAUCAAGUUUCUUGUUUCCCUCUACUGUACAUAGCUACAUUUCAAUAGAGAUAUCUUUUAAAUAUCAAAUUAAAUUAACUGGUUUACAUACAAAUUUAAUUUUGCACUUGUUGCCUGUUUGUUAAGACUGGGAUUAUGUGCCAUCAAACCAUAAAUUCACCCGAGACCAACAAAAUAAAGGUAUAUAAGCGAGCCUAUGUAACUGUUAUUGGCUAUGUCAGGAUUACAGUGCAUGUUAAAACGUAGCAUAACAGUAGCACAAGCAGAGAAGAGACAUGUUAGCAACGUUACCAUGUUAGCAAACAUUCAAUACCAUGAGUGUUUUUUCGUUUUUUAAAAGAAUGAAUGUGCUAUGUUUUCUUUCAAAAGUUACAUAGACUCGUAUGAGGAAUAUUUUUGUACCUUUCUUAUCAAUCUUUAUUUCCUAAAUGAAAAAUGAAAUGACUUGCAUUUUAAAUUUAACUGGAAUUUUUUUCUGCUUUUUUGUUGAGACUGGAAUUGUGUGCUGUUACAGCAUGAAAUAACCAAUCAGAUGGGAUCUUUAUGAAUCCCUUUUUAUUUACUUUGGUCUUUGGUCACUUGUUACAGUUUAUUUGUCAAAGGUAAAUCGAACAUUGAAGAGCAUUGACAAACACUAUUAUCUGUCCCUGGUCUUGAACAUAGCAGAUCUCUGGCCAUGAAAUGAGCUGCCUUUGCCUUGUACUGUAGGGCAACAUUGACUGUUUUGCUUUUUUGUCAUAUUACAUUUACUUGUAUAGAUUGCUUUAGUGUGCGUCAUUCUGCAUCUCAGUUGAAUUAAACCAAAUGUAUCAUGGGAGGGACGCAAAAUGCCUGCUGCACAGACAUGGUUUUCUGUGCCAUUAAGUCAAGGAUCAGUUGGCAACAUUCAGUAUUGAAAUAGUUUUAAGAAAGGAAUGUUAAAAUUAGAACUGGAAUGGAGUUGGACAAACCAUUUGAGUCUUGGGUACGCAGCAGCUGAAUGAGGCGCUGUAUGGAAGAAGUGUAUUAUCGAUAUAAAGCAUUCCUUCCAUACAAUCAUAAGAAACACUUCUCUGAAUGGGUGUCAUUUGUGAGCCUGUGAAUGUAUGUAAAUAUGGUAUAUGCAUCUAUAAGGAGAACUGAAAUAUUCUUCUAGUGAUUUCUGUGAUUGUGAAAUAUUUUUUUAAAAUAUGUAAAGAAAGAGUACAUAACGUGAUAAUUCAAAUAUAUAGGGAAAGAUCUGGUAACUUAUCUUUUGUGACGGGUUUUUACACAACACAUUUAGAAGGCUCAUGAAAUGUUUCAUAAUAUAUCCAACAGGAAUAUAAAUUUUUCCUCAAUUUCUAACAUUUUCUUGACUUGCAGACCCAAACUGUAUGUAUUAAUAAUGUAUUAUGAAACAUGUGAUGAUAAUGUUGUGUGCUUUGUAAACACGUUACAAAGAAAGAGUUGCUUAAAAUGUUAUAUUUUUGCUUUUGUUCUUACGUAAAACACAUUUACAAUAAAAAUGCCA